AUGUCCAUGCUACUAGCUGUCGGAUACAAGGGCGGGCUAUCUGCUAUAAAGUCCCAGUGGUUGAAGUGCAACAAUGAUAGUGGAUAUCAGGUGCAUGUGUCUCAGAACAUCGAAAAGCCUAAGGCCCGUUACUUUAGUGUCUGCUUCACUGCUCCAAAGACAAAAUGGAAGACGUCUGAUUGUUGCAAGGCCCACGUAAAGGCUGUAGGUGACAAUCGAGAAGACAUGACAAUUACCAGCUACAAUCCUGUUCAUACUUGCUCUCGGACAGAAUCCUCAAUCCGGCGAAAGAGGAAUUACUUGUCAAAGGAUAUUGUGCCUCUUUCUGAUGCUUUGUCGCUGUACGUACCCACAGGAAAACGCGAGGGGAAUACAAAACAGUACCAAACCAUCGCUUCAAAUGCAACUGGAAUCUCUAUCAAGACUGGACAGGCGUCACUCGCUGUUCGCUCGAUGAGCAGUACAACUUUGGAGGCUCAGAUUGGCCAAUAUUUUUGGAUCCAAUCGUUACUUCAGGCGUACUACGAGAGUGAUCCUAGUGGGACCUUUGCCAUGCAGUAUGAUGACUGUCCGUGGGAUGACAGUUUGCAACAGUUUGUCCGCUGCUACAUUGCACUUUCCUUUGCUAAAGAAUUUUGGCGCCAAUCAGAAAUGUCAAUGAAUUCAUACCCCCAGAUCACAGGCGUGCUGCGGGAAGGCCGAACAAGAAGCGAAAAGAGCGAUCUCAUCUACGUACUACGAACAUGA